AUGUUCAAACCUUUGGGAUUGUUUUCAGCUGAUUUAAAAUCUGUGCCUUGUUUGCUUCUUGGGCACUUCAAGCACUGGUUUAGGUGAGGGUAAAACUGAUUUGUGUGUUUUUGUUGGCCAGUCUGAUUGAAAUUUUCCAUCUUUCCCUCUGCACUCAAAGAAUCUGAAGAAGAGCUGGCACCCCCAGACUCUGCGCAAUGUGGAGAAGGUGUGGAAGGCAGAGCAGAAACAUGAAGCUGAGCGGAAGAAGAUUGAGGAGCUGCAGCGGGAGCUGCGGGAGGAGCGAGCCCGGGAGGAGAUGCAGCGCUAUGCGGAGGAUGUGGGAGCAGUCAAGAAAAAAGAAGAGAAGCUGGAUUGGAUGUACCAAGGUCCCGGGGGCAUGGUGAACAGAGAGGAGUAUCUGAUGGGCCGCCCUGUGGACAAAUAUGUCUUUGAGAAGAUGGAAGACAAAGAAGCAGGUUGUUCCACUGAGACAGGACUUCUUCCCGGCUCCAUUUUUGCCCCCACAGGUGCCAAUUCUGUCCUAGACAUGGCAAGCAAAAUCCGGGAGGAUCCACUCUUCAUGAUAAGGAAAAGAGAGGAAGAGAAAAAAAGAGAAGUUUUGAAUAAUCCCGUAAAAAUGAAGAAAAUCAAAGAACUGUUGCAAAGCAGCUUGGAAAGAAAGGAAAAAAAGAAGAAGAAGAAGGAGAAGAAAAAGAAGCACAAGAAACGCAGACAUCAAAGUUCUAGCAGCGAAAGCACCGGCAGUGACGAGGAGCAAAGCAGAGUGAGAUCCAAGAAGAUGGAUAGUUCUUGGGAAGCUGUUCAUCUCAAAGUCCCAGGAUACGGCUUACAGAGUAGAGACCUUGACCACAAUCACAGGCCUCGACACUCUCUAGCUGCAGGCCAGGAAAGAGCCACCCACAAACACAGAGACCGCUCUAGGUCACGGAGCCAGUCCUGGUCUCCUAAGAAAGACCCUGGCAAGAAGAGUACAGGCGAAGAAGAAUCUGGGAAUAGGAGGUCAAGAUCUCCUCCUAGGCAUGGUAAACAGCACAGUACCAAAGUGGACAAGAAAGAAAAGGAAAGAGCUCGGAGCCCUUCUCCUAAAAAAGGAUACCGACGACAGCAUGCUUCAGGCUAUACUAGGAAGAUCUCCGCAGAGGAGCUAGAGCGCAAGCGUCAGGAAAUGUUGGAUAACGCCAAGUGGCGGGAAGAGGAGCGAGCGAACAAUGUCAGGAGACACCGGAAAGAGGAGGAGCGGGAACGAGAACUGGAGAAACUCAGGUCCCGAGAUGGGAAAUUCCUACACCAUAUAAAACUGGAGAGUGCAUCCACUUCCUCUGUAGAGGAUCGGGUCAAACGCAACAUCCACUCCAUCCAGAGAACACCAGCUGCCCUGGAAAAGAACUUUAUGCAGAGAUAAAACUUUCUCUCCUCUUGCUAAUGUGGCUCAGGGCUUCUUCAGAAUAGUUCACAGGACACUUCUUCUCAGAGGCGAGCUGCCCUGUGUGUAGAGGGAUCCUCCAACAACCUACACAGACUCCUGCAAUGAUAUUUACUCUGUGAAAAGGAGCUGGACUUCACUACAGUAGCACAGAGUUCCUUGGCCUUCUAGCAUUGUGAAUGCAUUGAUACCCAGAGUAUUAAAUUGCAACAAGCUGUUUGCUGGAGUCACCCCCCAUUACUACCCUUAUUUACUAUUUUUUAAAUUUUGCCAGAUCCUGCUUCUUGUUACCCACCUAAACCAACAGCCAUUUUUAGACUGUUCUCAGACACAGAUUUCUGGUAAUUAGUUACCCGAUUAAUUGGGCAAGUUGACUUCUUUCUAUGCCUGAGAGAGGAUCGGUUUUAUCUAUUUGUAGCAUCAUCUUUGACCACAUUCAACUCUCCUAACUUCUGUGAAGUUACACCAAAGGCAGACUUAGCAUGAUUAGUAUUCACUGUUACUAUUUUGGGACUAGGCAAGGAAGGGUGGAUGGAGUUUGUUUCAGCCAGAACUGAUCUGUGAAAUAUCUGUAGAAAUAUGCUGAAUUGCUCAAGGGUUUGAAUGAUAAUGUGCCAGCAAGGCGGAGGCUUGAGCAAGGGGAAAAAUGAACUGAAAUGAUACUCAAACGAGAUGCAGAUGAUAGAAUACCAUAUUCCUGUGGGAUUCUGUACAUGUGCACAACGUAAUGCGCAUAAGUACAGGUGUGUAUAUCUGACUAAAUUUUUUUAAAGUACUCUUUUUAAAUGUCUAACCCUCUUUUCUGGAAAUGACUCCGAUUCUAAUUGCAAAGAGGACGAUCACUUCAUAAUUCAGGGCCAACUAGGGAUUUGUGCAGUAGCUUACAGCAGCCUUAGAACCCCCCUCUCCCUCCCGGCAUUGAGAUGAAAAUGUGUAUUUUACAUACAAAAAUAAACUUGUGCUGAUCAGCAAGUAAAAAAAAAAAAUCGCAAUGCUGAGUUACAAAAUUCUGUUUGCUCACUUUGGGGAAGGGGCAUUAUUUGGAGGUGGGGGUAGGAACAAGAGAGAUUUAAAUGGAGUUUCUCCAUUUUAUGAGAGGUUAGGCAAAUAUACUGUGUACUGAAGAGAGCAAAUUUUUGUGACAGCGCUGCAAAGUUGAUUUAAGUACUUUCUUUGAAUUGACCACACCAUAUAAGAUGUUUUCCUUUGGCAGAUAAUAGAUCUAUAGUAGCUUUCUGUUGGGUUAUUCUAAAACCAAUACAAAUGGGAGUCAGAAAUGAACCCAUUUAAUUUAAGCAACUUUUAAGUUUUACCUGAAAAAGAUGGUAUUUCUUACACCUGCCUUUGUACAUUGUUAGUGUGAAUUUUUCAUCUUUACAGUAGUGGAUUCUAUUAAAUGUGAUGUGGCCUGCUUUACAGCUGUGUGGU